AGCCCACUUUGUAAAUUCGAUUACUAUAUUCACUUACCAUAUUGUUACCUAUUGUCCCAUAGGACAACCGCCCUGUCAGUGUUGUGGAAACUAGUGUCCAUCAUGAAUUAGGAUAUUGUUUAGAACAAAAUGAAUCGUGGCUCGAAGGAAGAGCUUCUUGGCAGCUCUCAGGAGGCUCUGCUGAACAGCCAAAACGACCUUCGGAACGUAUACGAGCGCCCGCUCACCAGGGAAGAAAAGACAUUCCUUCUGAACGCCGACAGAGGUGACUACGCGACUGUUAAACGAUUAAUAGACCAAUAUGCAUCGAAGCCAGACGUGUUGGACAUCAACUGUGUGGACCCUCUCAACCGGUCAGCUCUAAUCGCCGCUAUUGAAAACGAAAACAUUGAACUUAUACGACUGUUUCUCGAAGCUGGCAUCAAAGUUAAGGAUGCACUACUUCAUGCCAUCAAAGAAGAGUACGUGGAGGCUGUUGAGAUGCUGCUGCAGUGGGAGGAAGAGCAUCACGUGGCCGGAGAACCUUAUAGUUGGGAAUCAGUCGAUCCAUCAUCAGCGACCUUCACAUCAGACAUCACGCCGCUCAUCCUGGCUGCUCACCGGAACCACUAUGAGAUCCUGAAGCUACUACUGGACAGGGGCGCCACUCUCCCAGUGCCUCACGACGUCAAAUGCGGCUGCGACGAGUGUGUGAAAUCAUCUCAAGAGGACUCCUUGCGGCACUCGCAGGCCCGCAUCAACUCAUACAGGGCCCUCAGCUCGCCCUCCCUGAUCGCUCUCUCAUCUGCCGACCCCGUACUCACUGCCUUCCAGUUGUCAUGGGAACUAAACAGCUUAAGCCGAAUGGAAACUGAAUUUCGCGUGGAAUACAAGGCUCUGAGACAACAAGUGCAAGAAUUCGCAACAUCGCUACUGGACCACACGAGAACAUCUCACGAAUUGGAGAUCAUGCUGAACUACAACCCGUGGGAGGUGGACUGCUGGGAGCCGGGCGAGCGACAGACCCUGGGCAGGCUGAAACUGGCGAUUAAGUAUAAGCAGAAAAUGUUUGUGGCACAUCCUAACGUACAACAGCUACUCGGUGCUAUUUGGUAUGAAGGUCUCCCUGGUUUCAAGCGGAAAAACAUCGUUGGUCAAUGUGUUCAGGUGGCAAAACUCGGUGCUAUGUUCCCCAUAUACUGUUCGAUAUACAUGAUGGCCCCCGAUUCUGAAUAUGGUAGAUUUAUGAAAAAACCAUUCGUCAAAUUCAUCUGUCACAGCUCCUCAUAUAUGUUAUUCUUAUCGUUACUAUCACUGGCGUCUCAAAGAGCGGAAUUCGUCGUAUUGGAAUAUUCUGGAAUAUCCUGGUUGCAAGAGUUAGUGGAAUACUGGAAAGCGCACGAGCGGGGAUCGCUGCCUGGACUAAUAGAAUUUUGCGUCAUAGUCUACAUAGCAAGUUUAAUAUGGGGUGAGAUCCGAUCACUAUGGUCUGGAGGUCUUAUGGAAUACAUCAGUGACCUCUGGAACAUGGUGGAUUUCAUCACCAACGUGUUUUACAUAGCUUGGAUCUGCCUGCGGUUUUCUUCAUGGUACAUUGUACAGCGUGACUACAAAAGCGGCAAGGACCCGUGGUACCCUCGCGAGCGCUGGGACUCCUUCGACCCGAUGCUGCUGUCAGAAGGCGCGUUCGCCGCGGGCAUGAUCUUCUCGUUCCUCAAGCUGGUCCACAUAUUCUCCAUCAACCCACAUUUGGGGCCGCUGCAAGUGUCCCUCGGCAGGAUGAUACUGGACAUCAUGAAAUUCUUCUUCGUCUACAUGUUGGUGCUGUUCGCGUUUGGAUGUGGUCUGAAUCAACUAAUGUGGUACUAUGCGGAAUUGGAAAAGAAUAAAUGUUACCAUCUGCCGAACGGGGAUUUACCGGAUUUCGACAACCAAGAGCGCGCUUGUACGAUAUGGAGACGUUAUGCCAACUUAUUCGAAACAUCCCAAUCUCUGUUCUGGGCGUCCUUCGGCCUCGUGGACCUGACCUGCUUCGAGCUGACCGGCAUCAAGAGCUUCACUCGUUUCUGGGCCCUCCUCACCUUUGGUUCUUACUCCGUUAUUAACAUCAUCGUCCUGCUUAAUAUGCUUAUCGCUAUGAUGUCCAAUUCUUAUCAGAUCAUAUCGGAAAGAUCAGACAUUGAGUGGAAGUUCGCUCGCAGCAACCUGUGGAUGUCAUACUUCGAGGAUGGUGACACUGUACCACCACCAUUUAACAUCAUCCCCACUCCCAAACACGUGUCUGGGUGGAUCAACCGCAUUUGCAGUGAUAGGGACCGGGGUUCGAUUAUUAACAAAUCACGCGAAAAAGCCCGUCUUCAGCACGAGGCAGUAAUGCGAGUGUUAGUCCGUCGAUACGUAACCGCGGAACAGAGAGCCCGAGAUGAAGUCGGUGUUACAGAAGAUGACGUCAUGGAAAUAAGGCAGGAUAUAUCCACGUUGCGGUUCGAACUGAUCGACAUACUGGCUAAUAAUGGCAUGAAAACACCGAGAAUUAAUAUGAACGAGACAACUAUAUCUGGAAAGAAAGGUAAAGUUAUGGAGAGAAGGAUUCUAAAAGACUUCCAGAUCGGUAUCGUUGAAGGUAUAAUAAAAGACGUUAUUUCGAGAGAGGCCAAGCCAAAGGACGUAUUCAGUCAAAUUGCUAAAGCUAUUGUAAGAAAAGGAAGCCCUGAAAACAAAAAACGUGAUUGGAACGCCGUGGUUCGAACCAACACCCUCCGGCGCGAUCCCAUCGGCAGCACCAACGAGGCUGAGACGAAACGCAGUAGACAAUCGCUUAGAGCGCAUAUACUUGAUAACGUUAAGGAGAGGACUAUAGAUCCACAGAAAUUACUGGAAUUCAAUCCGAAACUAUCAGAAGUAACUCCAACAACCAGAGUUGCAUAUGCCAAAUUUAUGAGAAGCAAGAUAAAGUCCGAUUUUAGUGAAAGGGAGAAAUCGGGUACUUCGGAGAAAGAUUUUACUAUUGAAGAUGAAACGACCUCUGGUAAAGUUAAGCCCAAAACCCCGCCAGUUAAACCUAAAUCACCAAUUCCAGAAGGAUCAGAUGAACCAAGUUUGAAACAAAAUGAAAUCAAAGUUCAAGCUCACAUUGAAGACAAAGGCAGUGGUUCAGGAUCAGGACCUUCUCAACCGAAACCACCACAACCACCGCCAGAAGAACCCAAACCCGCACCACCUGCAGAAACAAAACCCGAGCAAAAAGAGCACAUCAUCCAGAUAGAGGAACCAGAAUCGCCAACGAAAAACCUUUACAUAACUAAAGAAGAGGACUCAAACCUACAAAAACCAAUUACUCCAACACCCAGUAUACAUUCAAAAUCAGAAAAACCUGAACAAAUACUCUCGGCCGCCACAUUAGAAGCCGACCAUAGUGCAUCAAAAUCUGAUAGUACGCCUACAAAGGAUCCAAAGGAACCUGAUUCGAAACCUAAAGAACCUAAACAACCUAAACCCCCUAAACCUAAACCUAGCCCUAGUCCUUCUUCCUCCCUGGCCCCCCCUCCAGGACCCCAAAUGGUUACAGACAAAGGAAAAUCUAAAGUUACGGGGAAAAUUGUUUCCGGUUGGCUAUAAGUGAAGUGACUGUUGUUUUUUUAUUAGAAAUAGUUGACGUAUUAGUGAGAUGAUAAAUGUUAUAGCAAUAAUUAAACUAAGCCGUUUUUCAAUUCAGUAUAUUUGCUUUAGUCAAUAUGAAUCUGAUAUACAUAGUUUGUUUGUAGUUUGGUUGGUAUUCUGUCUAGUGACUGGUUUUAUUUAUUAAACGUUGUAUGUACUAAAUCGAUAAUUUUAUUAUGAAAUAAUUUCAUUAGUCACAUUUAUGUUCACGGGAGGCCUGCUAUUUACACUAUGCAUUUAAUCCAAUUACUUUAAUUAUACUCAAGAAUUGUAAUAACAAUAGUUUAGCUAGCACCUAGCAACAGUCAAAAUAGUAAAAAAAUAUAUAUACAAUUUAAGGUUGCACGAAGCUAAUUGUAACUUCACCAAACAUUAUUGAAUGCAUUUGUCCUAGUAAUAAAAAGAAUAGAUCUAGCUUAAUUUCGUAUAAAUAAAGUAAUUGUCAUAUUUUCAGUGAUUAU